AGCCUUUACAUAGUUCGCACCCUCCCUUUUGUAAUAUAUUAACGGCUUUAAAUUGUGUUGAAAAUAAAAUCAGUGUGAAGAGUAAUGCUUAUAAAAUUAAAGGCGCCCAGUCGACCCUAUCAAUGAAUCCAGCAGAUCGUGAGGCUUUUCAGCUUCAAAAAGUUUUUAUGACUUGUUUCCGUCAACAUUCGAGAUCCAGAAAACAGCCAGCUCUGCUCGCUUGCAUCCACUGUCUAUCCAAGAUACAAAUGAGAUCAGAGAGAUACAGUUUGGUAUACGCCGAAAAUAAAAUUGAAAAGUGGGAAGAACUUGUCUAUCAUCACAAAGAACAAUUUGGAGACACACCGGAGAGGGUAUACAAAGGAUUACGUAGUCAACGAGGCCUUCUCGGCCAUGGCAAACAUGCAACACGACAUAUACAGGAUUUUACAGAACGCACACUCGACACUACCGACCCAAACACCAAGUCUCUGAUUCUAGAAAUUCAGAGCGAGCGUCAAGUCUUAUUUGAAGUUCUUGAAACAUCAAUCUCUUCAUUGAAGGACAGAAUUGAGCUUCUAUCGAACUUGAUUUCCACGGAAAGUUCGAUCAGAAGUAUGGCCAUGGCAAGCGAACAGAUUGCAGGAAGCAAGCGGGUCAGAUUGUUGACCGUUCUUGCCUUUAUUUUCUUGCCCAUCAGUCUUGCAUCUUCGAUUUUCGGUAUGAACAUACAAGAAAUCAACGGUACGGGAAAGAACAUAUGGUGGUUUGUUGUGAUAUCAUUUGCGCUCAUCGGACUUGUCAUGCUCGUAUGGCUUGUUGCGGUGGUGGGCAUCCGCGUCUUUCAUGCAUGGGUUCAAUCUUAUAUACCUCCCACCCGUGAAGGGCCAAGGGCACCAGAGAGCUGGAAAAGGAAGAUGGACUUUAGAAGAAAUCUAAGACGGGAGGGGAUAGAGUUUAGGGAGUUUGUGGAUGCAGCGAGGCCUAGAUGGAGAACGGAAUAUACUGGGGAGGGUAUACUCGAUUGAGGGUUGUUAUUGCAUCCGAUGAGGAUGAGGUUCAUCCUUCCAAUCCAUGUUCAAUCUGAUCCGUCCCGUCC